AUGGGCGUUCAAAAAAUAUUUACUAGGAAAACAAGAUCCUCUAGUACUUUUAUACUAGUGGCUCUAUGUUUUGCGCUGUUCACGGACACUUUUGUUUAUGGCAUUAUUAUACCCAUUCUGCCUUUCUUGUUGAUGGGCCAUGGCAAUAUGGCUUCAAAGGACGUUCAAAAGUGGUCCUCCGUUUUAUUGGCGAGUUAUGGGUUUGCUCUUUUACUUGGCUCUCCUGUCGUGGGUUAUUUUUGCGACAAGUAUCACACUCGGAAAGCACCACUCGUUUGUGGUUUCAUCGCCAUGGCCCUAGCGACCGUCCUAUUCAUCUCUGCAAGUAAUGUUUGGGUGCUGCUCGUGGCUCGGGUAUGUCAGGGUCUCUCAGGCGCGGUUGUGGGAGUUUUAGGCUUGAGCAUGAUCGCCGAAACAUCCAGUCCGGAACAUUUGGGUUCACAUAUGGCUUGCGGGUCGGCGUCAUUGACAUGGGGAAUACUCUGUGGCCCUAUGACUGGUGGUUUCCUCUUUUCCCAAUUUGGCACUGUUGGUGCGUUUGGGGUCCCAAUGGCACUGCUUAUGAUUGACAUUAUUCUGCGAAUGUCGAUUGUACAGAAGGAUGAAGAUGAAACCAAAAACCAUCCCCAAGAGGAUUCUCCUCUCUUGGAAAACGAUAUUUCUGGCCAUACUUCGUUGAGCUUUUUCCAUUUCUUGCAUCCAAUCAUGCUGGGUCUGGUGUUUUCUGUCCUCGUCAUUUCUUCUAUUUUAUCUGCCAUUGAAACGACGCUUCCACUGUAUGUGCUCGACACAUACAAUUGGUCAAGUCUGGGCGCGGGACUCGUAUUCCUCCCAUUGACGAUACCUUCCGUCCUCGGUAUUUCAAUUACCCACUUUGUAAGGCAUUGUAUGCCACGAACGGUUGUGGUGACUGGGUUCUUUGUGAUGACAGUACCCAUGGUAUCACUGCGGUGGACUCAAGCAAACACGAUCCACCAUGAAAUCGCCAUUAUUUCCUUGCUCUCCAUCGUGGGAGCCUGUCUCACAACAGUGCAAGCGAUUAUUAUGGGAGAUGUCUCUAAUGCAGUCCGGAGGAUUGAAAGUCUUCACGGGAUCACGGAAGAGAAAAGCAGCGGACUGGGCCGGGGGUAUGCACUUUGUAACAUGGCGUUUGCUGCCGGUCAAACGCUUGGGCCGAUGGCUGGUGGAUUCAUAAAACGUGAAUUAGGCUGGGGAUUUAUGACGCUAUUCCUUGGGAUUCUAUGUUUGGUUGCUGGCCUUUCGUCAUUAUUUUCCAUGUCGGCAGCCCCGCCUAAAGCCGACAAGAGCAAGGUCAACGAUAAUGAAUGUUGA